AUGACUUAGCUUUACAAUAAGUAAUUUAUACAGCAUAAAAAUAAGACAUAUUAAUAUUCUUUUUGAUUUUACAUGUAUUUUUCUCCAGUGAAAUGUUUUGAUUUACCUUUACCUGCGUGCUAAUAGUGCAUGAAACACGUUUGGCUGGACUAUGUUGUAAAGGAAGCUGUGGUCUUCAGUCCUCAACUGCAAAACUGCACUUCUGAGAUGCUUACCACAAAAUAACAUUAUGAUUGUACAUGCAAAUCAUAUUGUAAAUUAAGAUUUUCAUGGUUAAAUAAAAACUGUCAAUAUGAAAGUUUUUUCAGCUUAUUAAUAUUAGAGCUGUUACAUAAAACACUAAUUCCAGAAUUGUCUCAUUGAAGUCCACAGUGUGCACAUUAUUGUGGGAAACUAACUACAAAAAAUCUGCAUAAAUAUUUCAUUGUUUUCAAAUAUAUAAUAUGCAUUUGUUAAGGUUUCUAGAGGGGACGUUAAGAAUCCCUGGGAAGUGAAAUGGGGAAUUUCUGCAGAAAUUGUCAAGGUAGAAGGCAGUGUUAAUAGGAGUCCCUGGAUUCCUGACCCCAAGGACCUUAAAAUUAGUACUGAAAUGUAUGUUCUGACCACCAACCGUCCUCUCUAUUCUUUCUGACUACUUAGAAAGUGAAGCGUUUGAGUGAAUUGUGACUUAGUCCAAACUUAACUCACAAAGGGAUUGUGGUGACGACUGAAAGCUGAUAGAAGUCUGUACUCAAGCUUUCGAUUUGAUCUUCCUUUGCCUUUAAACUGAAAUAUCUUCGGAGCUUGUUUAUAAAAGUGUUUGAAGUGUUUUUAAUGUAUAUUUUUAGAACUGAGUUACGUAAAAUAUUCAAGGAAGGUAAAAUUAGGCAGUUUACCAUCCUUUCUCCCCGUCCCAGAUAAGUUUCCUCAAAUAAAUAGAGAUUGCUGAAUGUUUUAGUUUAAAAUAGAGACGUUAUUUAAGAAGAGAAUUUCAUGGGCAAAGCGAAAACACACGUCUCCCGAGCACCUUGCGCCGGCUUGGGCGCCUCCAGGAGUGUUUGGUUUAGUCAGGUUUUAGAAAAGCGCCGCACCCCGCCCGCAAUGGCGGGGCUCACGGGGCUCGGAGCGGAGAACGCUUUGAGCGUGACGCUUUGAGGAUGAGUUCAGCUGUUGACAGGUCACACCGCUUUUUGCCGUAGCCGGGAGGCACGGCGGCAUUUCAGCCUUGCAGGAGCGUGCGGAGGACAGCCCGUAACCAUCCGACCCUUUGCUCUUGUCUUGGCCAUGAAGAUUCAUUGUCGACUGAAGUGCCCGUGAGACUCGUGCCAGGCAGAGGAGAUCGCAGCUCGGUCUUUCGCAUCUGAUGGGGGCCUGAGAUGAGUCCGUCCCAUGGGGUCAGCUCCUAGCCCUGCUCGGGAAGACGAAAGGCAGCUGGCGGGUAGAACUCGAGAGCAGACACCCAGUCACAGCAGGAAAUCUAGACAGCCCCAUACCUGUGCUACGAGGAUCACACGCGCUUCUCCUGCCCAGAAGGAAAAAAAGACCAAAUGGCAAAGCAAUCUUCUGAUCUAAAUUCAGAGUGCAACAGAGAAGGUGGACAGUUUCAGUCAAUUGAAAGGCCAAGUCAGCCUCAGCAUCUUAGACCUGGGGCCCCUACCUCUAUACAAACACAGUAUCAAGGUAAUCAUUCAGGUGAGGGGGACUUCGCCCAGCAGCCCUCAGGGAGCUCUUCGCCCAGCAGCCCUCAGGGACCAUUUGCACCACCCAGUAGCCCCAGUCCAUUUGCUACCAGAUCCCCACUUUUCAUCUUUGUAAGAAGAUCCUCACUGCUGUCUAGAUCCUCCAGUGGGUAUUUCUCUUUCGACACAGACAGGAGUCCUGCGCCUAUGAGUUGCGACAAGUCCACGCAGACUCCAAGUCCCCCUUGUCAAGCCUUUAAUCAUUAUCUAAGUGCAAUGGGUAAGCAAGAUCAUGCUUCCAGGUGGGAGUCUCCCUCAAUACGUGAAGACAUGCAGCCGGAAAUAUGGAUUGCACAGGAACUGCGGCGUAUUGGAGAUGAGUUUAAUGCUUCCUAUUGCCCAAGAAGGGGUUUCUUGGAUAAUCCAGCAGUAAACCACCAAAUUAUUUUGCGCCUUUUACGUUAUAUCAUCCGCCUCAUUUGGAGACUGCAGUAAUGGAUACGUACAGACAUUCUGAGAUUGUCCAGUUAUCGCCAGAAUCCAGAAAAACAAACAGCAAGAGUAUCCUUUCCAUACCUUGUAUAUGCAAUUAACAAAUCCUCCUCUUCCUAAAGGACAUCCGAGACAUUGGGAGGAGCAGUAGGACUCCGUGUUUGUGAAAAAUAUGCACAUACACUGUCUCAUUUUGUCUGCUAUCAGAAGACAGAGGGUUUUUAAAUGGGAAUUCACUGUGAACACGUCACAAUGGAUUUUGGAAACGGAUAUAUAAAAGCUUUGUGAAGCAGGACUUUAUGUGAGAGUGGUGUUUACGCUGGUUUUUCUUGAACUUUUAAAAGACUGAUUUGGAAAGAAAAUGAUCAAACAAGAUUGAUUUUCAUACUCCAUUUUCUGGAAACCUGUAGACUAAUCUCUGAUAUAUUCUGCAAUGGAGUUAACUGAGCCAGCUAACUUGCGGAGCUGCCUUAGUUUGUUAUAAAAUAACUGUGUACAGAUGUUAUUCUCUCCCCCCCCCCCCCCCCCCAGCAAGGAGGGGUCAGAUUCAUGCUUUCCCUCCAUUCCUAAACCCUUUCAGGCAAAAAGGGGCAAACUCAUGAAUUGAAGCUAGUUGAAGAAUGGUAGAAGGAUUUGCAUCAGAACUUCAGUUACCUUGCAAAUCUCUACUACCACCCUAAAUUCAACUGUAUGUGUGUCGCACAAACAGCAUACUUCCUGCUGACUGAUUUUAAACUGCAGCUAAGUGCAACUGGCGCGCUCCCCCUGAAACUUCCAUCUCUUCCACCCUACCAGCAGGAAUCUCAAAGUUGACCUGAAAUUUGCAGCUUAACUGUGAAAGUAUUAUGCUUCAAAAACCAUACCAAGUUGCCUUUCUAGAAGUUCUUUAUAUCUAAUGAGUCUGGAUACAUUUGUGUAUUAUAUAACAUAGAAUGUUGAAGGUUGGGGAUAAUAGAACAAUAAAAUAUUUGUGGGGUAAAAGAGUUCCUGAAACACUGCAAUUUUGCCUAAAGUUGGAGGGUUGCAUAACUUCAGAAACUAUUUUAAACUUCACUUAAUAUUUUACUGUGACUGUUGAUAAACCCAAUUGGUAUUGCUGGUUUUUUAAUGUGUUGGAUUUUUGCUAGAGCUGGUUUUGUACUUAAGAUCUAUUCUGAGAUGCACAGUUGAACACGUGGACUGCUGACUGAGUUACAUCCGUCUUGAGGGGAAGAGUACAAUAUUUGAAUUGAUUGUGGCGGUUCAAAAAAAAUCCCACAAGUGAAUAAAUUAAAUAUCCAUGGGAAGCAAAAAUUAGGCCAUUUUGAAAGUUCCAGCAAAACUUCCAUAUAAUCUUUUAAAAUAACACAGUGAGUGCCCUUAAAAUUGUAUUCCUACAUCAGACAUUGUGACUUGUUUAAAGAUUAACCAAAACCAGAACUAAGUUAAAUCAAGGUUCCUAUACUGGAGUGACUCGCUAACUAGGUUUCAGGAGGCAUCCAGCACAGAAAAAGUUUUAACUUACCUUUUCUUUAAUUAGCUCUUCCUUCUACAGAACUCCCUUUACCGCUUCUUAGUUCACUGAAGUUAUUCCAGAAGGCAUCAUUCUAUGAAACCACAAAUACCAUGGAUGGCAUGACUUGUAAACUUCUGGUGUUUAGAACAUAACAGAAUGCCUUCUGUGACAACUUCAGUGACCCAAGAAGUGCCAAGAGGACUUCACAGAAAGAAAAACUUUAUUUUUAAUUUUUAAGUGGGUAUAUUGACUGCCUCCCUGAGCCUGCUCCGUGGGCACUGUAACCAUCGAUCUAGGUUUAACCUGAAUUUUAAUAUUGGUUUUAUAGUUCACCUUCACACCGUGGGAAACUGCAUGACAGGUGCGUUGGGGAGCGCACAGGUCCUUCAGCUGGUGCAGUGUAUUAAUGCAGAAUUUACCCAAAGCUGGCUUCAGAAUUGUCUUCAGAAUCUGGCUUCCUUUUGUAUGUGAUGCAGAGAACUUGCAUGAUUCAAUUUGUUUCUGUUUGCUACAGUCUACUUCAAAAUGCCGCAUUUUAUUUCUGGUUUCACCAGCACCAUAGAAAAAUAGGAUAGCUUUUCUUCCAAAACAUUGCAAUAUGUUGAUCAGCGUAUACUGAGUGCCAUUGUAUUUUUUGUUAGUUUUGACAAGUAAAUUUGUAUAACGUACUCUCUGCACUGACCCCUGGUGCCUCUGGGGCAGGUGGAAGGGUUCCUCUAAACAUGGCUCUGUUCCCCAGUUGCAUUAAUCCACCCCCGCAAGCAGUGAAUCUGGAGGACAUGUUGGCUCUAUAGGCUAAACCUUUGUCCUAGGAGUUGGCCUCAAUUAUCAAAGCAGUGGGUGGUUUUUGGUUUUUUUUUUUUGUUUUUUUUUGUAGAGCAAUAUUGGUGACUUACAUUGUAUCUGGAGUUUCAAGCAGUAAUUCAGUAGUGCGGAUGGCAGAUAAUCACUUCCAUAACAGCAUGGUUUUGGAUCAUAUCAAAGCAGUAGGCGUAAAGGGGAAUUCAGAACAUCCUACAUGUAGUGAAUUGAGCAGGUAUCAAUGUAUGGUCAGUAAAGAGUUCUCACUGCUACCGGAUGUUAGAAGUGAGCAUAAGACUGGAGGGGCCUAUGAGACAAUGACUUUUGUUCCAUUUUGAACAUUCCUCACAUGUCAGAGUCACACAGCCAUUAAAUAGCUUAGACAAAAAUCAGAUUUUCCAACACCAGAUGUUGCAGUCAUCUUUUGAACAGAAUUGGACCCUAGCCACGUCUUGGAACGACGUUACAGUUGAUCAGGUGGUUUCAGGUAUGAGUUUUGAAACCCCCUCCUGAGGCCACAUUGUCCACUAGUUGUCAUGACAGAAUAGAGCUAGUUCUGACAUUUGGAAUUGCGCUAUGCACCUUCCCGAACAGACCAAAGACAUUUCUGUUUACAGCACCACACACACACACACACACACACACUCUCACACACACUCUCACUCACUCACUCUUCUACAAUUGGCGCAGGCGUGCACGCACACACACGCUUCUACAAGUGGAGCACUUUAUUUCAGUUCUUUUAAAUAUAGUGCCCUUGGGAGAGUUGGCAUCAGUACAACAUAUCUUCUCCCUCUCCAUCCCACCUCUUAAUAAGGCUCUGCUGGCCCAGUGCCUGGAGACUUGGGUGCUUUCUUUGUACAUUUACCUCUGGCAUGGUAGUGCAACAGGUUUGCCACCACACCAUGGCUUCAGACUAGCUUACUAUAAGCGUAAUAAAUGAUUUUAAAAAACAAUUCUGUGAAUUAUAUGAACAUUAAAGAACAAGAUAUUGGCACCAUGUGACUUGGACUUCUCUGCACUCUUGUUUAUCAGGAAGUUUCCUGCAGAUGUUUUUACAGUAUGUAUUUUAAAAAAAAUAACAAACUAAUCCCAUUGUUUUUGACAAUUUAAAACUGGUUUUGUGCCUUGGCAACCUCUCUGCCCAGGUUAGAUUUGUGGGUGGUUAUUGAGUUUUUGUUUCUUAAAUCUCAACAUAACAUUAAAAACGGUUAAUACUUUUGCUACAUUGUUAGUGGAGGAAUUUCUUUUAAUUCCAUAUAAUCCAUACUUUACCCUGCCAAAACUACUUUAUGAAGAAUUUUCUUUGGUUGUGGAGAAACCAGAUUCAAAUUUUUCCUACAAAACUUGUAUGAUACGGUAUUAUGCUUUUUCCUCCUUCAAUAAUUGUAAAUAUUUGAGUAUUUAUUAGAUUAGGGCAUCAUAUUAUUCUUAUAAUCUGAGCCAAAUGUCUGUGUGCAAUGUUUUGUUUCUUUUCUUACUAUGUCAUGUAAAGUUUUGUACAGCAUAUAAAGUAAAUUACUGUUUUUCUAAGUCUUUUUUAGAAUUGAACUUGGUAAAUACUGUAGAUUCUUUUUUCUGUGUAAUUAAUGCACUCUACUGUUCCAUAAUGCUGUAACUUGUAGAAAUGUUGUAUAUUUAUUUUCUGCUUAUUUAAGUUCCUGUAAAGUUUUUAAUGAAUUUUUACUGGUAUAUAUGGAAUUAGUGAUUGAUCAGUUUAGAGCACUGUCUUCUAAUUCAGUGCAAUUAAUAACGUUUAGUUACUGAGUAAAAUGUUCAAAAGUGCCUAAGUGACUUAGGCUCCUAAGUCCCAUUUUCAAAAGAGGCUGUGAAGUACCUAAGUCAAAGUCUCACAAAGUGCAGGGGACUUGGGUUUCUGUGUGCCUAAAGUCUCUCUUGAAAAUUGUAUCCACAAUUUAAUCCCCCAUUUCGGCCACUUUUAACUUUCUGGACUCAAUGAUUCAGCCCUGUAUAUAGAGGCAGAGAUUUGAAGUAAAAUAUGAUAUGGAGAUGCAGACUCAGCCAAACACCAAAGCCACAUCCAGAAUCUCCUUGUAGCUCAAAGCAUUAAUUUGUUACAAAUAACUUUAUCGGUCUAAGCAAAACAUUAUCAUCCCAAGGGGCCAAGGGCAGUUUAUUCAAACAUAUUAUUAAACUGAAGUGCAGUAGUCUCAGUUCAUCACUUUUUCAAGAUCUAGACAAUGUGCCAAUCCCCCACCUUCUCAUUCUCCACUGCCUUCAGAUUUCACCCUCCCUGUGCUCCUACUGAAUCUGGCUGCCUCACUUCAUUGCUUCAGCCAGUUGCCAGAAUUAAAAAUUAUGCUGUAGAUUUCAGUUCGAUAACUUGAUAGUGCUUCCUGGUAACUCAAUAAUAACCCUAUUUUGGGAUAUGAAACACCUUAUCCUCAGUUUACAUAGUGCAGGACAUGGCUGUUACCUCUUAAACAAGAAGCCCCUGCAAGUUAUUUAUAGAACUACUUUCUACUUUGAUUUUUAGAGUAAACUUUUGCAUCCUGGUUUCAAGACCACUCAUUACUGUAGCAAAGCUCCUUAUCAGGUACAAACAGAGCACUGAUCAUGUACUGAUUAAUCACUAACUUGUUUCAUAGGACCCAGCAUAUGUAGCAUUUUUAUUGCAGUUUCCCUGGCUUACUUGUGGUUUGCACUGAUGAAUUUUUGACAGGGUAAUUGCCACUUUACUUGUGCAAUACGGCUGUACAUAGCUACAGAUCUUUUUUAAGAUGCAAUCUUUUAUGUUUAUUAUAUAAAAUUCAUUAAACUUUCAUCUAUU